AUGGCGCCGUCCAGAGACACCCGCCAGCCCGGCAAACAGGGGGAGUGGUACCUCGGUGACGCAAAGAAGCUCCGCGAACAGCUCGAUGGCUUCCUCGCCGACGUCCCCGACCAGAUCGACGGCAACGCGCUCCCUGUCCCUGGCGCUCGUGUCAUCAUCGCCCCCCACGCGGGUUACACCUACUCGGGCGCCACGGCGGCGUGGGCAUACAAGGCUCUCGAUUUAAGCAAGGCGAAGCGUGUCUUCCUCCUCGGGCCCUCGCACACAUUCUAUCUCGCCGACUGCGCCGUCACGGGUUACUCCAACUACGGCACGCCGUGGGGCAACCUCCGCGUGGACCGGCAGGUCGUCGACCGCCUCCGCGACGAGCUUGACAUUCCCAAGAUCCCGACCGCCAACGACGACAGGGAGCACUCAUUGGAGAUGCACCUGCCCUACCUCUGGGUCCGCCUCGAACAGACCUUCGGCGCUUCGCCCGACGCCUUCCCGCCCGUCGUGCCGAUUCUCAUCGGUGACAACGACGAGGCCGGCGAGAAGGCCGUGGGGAAGUGGUUGGCCGAGUACCUCCGGGACCCGGACAACGCCUUCAUCGUCAGCUCCGACUUCUGCCACUGGGGCCGGCACUUUGACUACACUGUGUACUCCCCGGAUGGCACGCUCGACAGCCUGCGUAAGUUGCGGCCGGUGGGCCCCGCGCCCGAGGGGCCUCCGAUCCACGAGACGAUCAAGCUGGUGGACGACCUGGCGAUCGAGGCCAUUGGGACGGGCAGGCACGGCAGCUUCUACAACAACCUGAAGCAGACGAAGAAUACGGUGUGCGGGCGGCACCCGAUCGGGGUCACGAUGGCGGCGCUCGAGGAGCUCGGCGGCGGGCACCGGUUCAAGUUCAUCCAGUACCAGCGCAGCAAUCUGGUGACGGUGCCGGGCGACACGAGCGUGAGCUACGUCUCGGCGUACGCCGUGGUAUGA